GUUGAGGUCUGGUUGAAUCACGUACUAGACAGCAUGAGGGCUACUGUGAGAGACGAGAUGACGGAAGCUGUCAUGGCUUACGAGGAGAAGCCAAGGGAACAGUGGCUCUUUGACUACCCUGCCCAGGUGGCGCUUUCCUGCACCCAGAUCUGGUGGACAACCGAGGUUGGGAUUGCCUUCGCCAGGGUGGAGGAAGGCUACGAGAACGCAAUGAAGGAAUAUCACAAGAAGCAAGUGACCCAGCUGAACACUCUUGUUACCAUGCUGCUUGGACAGCUCUCCAAGGGUGACAGGCAGAAAAUCAUGACCAUAUGCACGAUCGAUGUGCACGCUCGGGAUGUGGUGGCAAAGAUGAUAGCACAGAAGGUGGACAACGCCCAGGCGUUCAUUUGGCUGUCACAGCUCCGGCACAGAUGGUCAGAUGAGGAGCGGCACUGCUUUGCCAACAUCUGUGACGCCCAGUUCCUGUACUCCUACGAAUACCUCGGCAAUACCCCUCGGCUUGUGAUCACUCCACUGACCGACAGGUGUUACAUCACCCUGACUCAGUCACUGCACCUGACCAUGAGUGGAGCACCUGCAGGCCCUGCAGGCACUGGCAAGACGGAGACGACGAAAGAUUUGGGGCGAGCACUGGGCAUCAUGGUGUACGUGUUUAACUGCUCCGAGCAGAUGGACUACAAGUCUUGUGGGAAUAUUUACAAAGGCCUUUCCCAGACGGGAGCCUGGGGCUGUUUUGAUGAAUUUAACAGGAUCUCAGUUGAGGUCCUUUCUGUGGUUGCUGUACAGGUGAAGAGUGUGCAGGAUGCAAUACGGGAGAAGAAGAAAUCCUUCAAUUUUCUUGGAGAAGACAUUAACUUAGUACCCUCGGUAGGCAUUUUCAUCACCAUGAACCCUGGUUAUGCAGGGCGAACUGAGUUACCUGAGAAUUUAAAAGCUCUCUUCAGGCCAUGCGCAAUGGUUGUGCCAGACUUUGAGCUGAUCUGUGAAAUUAUGUUGGUGGCCGAAGGAUUCAUUGAGGCCCGGGCAUUAGCCAGGAAGUUCAUUACUCUGUACCAACUCUGCAAAGAGCUCCUGUCCAAGCAGGAUCACUACGACUGGGGUUUGCGUGCUAUCAAGUCAGUGCUAGUUGUUGCCGGCUCCCUCAAGCGAGGUGACCCAGAGCGACCUGAAGACCAGGUUCUCAUGCGCUCUCUUCGUGACUUCAACAUCCCCAAGAUUGUGACCGAUGAUGUGCCUGUGUUUAUGGGGCUGAUUGGGGAUCUUUUCCCUGCGCUGGAUGUGCCUCGGAAGCGUGACCUAAAUUUUGAGUCAUUUGUGAGGCAGGCUGUGCUGGACCUCCGGCUGCAGGCUGAGGACAACUUUGUGCUCAAAGUGGUGCAGCUGGAGGAGCUGCUGACGGUCCGGCACUCUGUCUUCGUCGUGGGUAACGCAGGCACGGGCAAGUCUCAGGUGAUGAGAUCCCUGAACAAGACUUACCAGAUAAUGAAGCGACGUCCUGUCUGGACAGACCUCAACCCCAAGGCAGUCACCAACGAUGAGCUUUUUGGCAUCAUUAACCCAGCAACAAGAGAAUGGAAAGAUGGACUGUUUUCAUCAAUCAUGCGAGAGCUGGCCAACAUCACACAUGAUGGUCCCAAGUGGAUGGUACUAGAUGGAGAUAUUGAUCCAAUGUGGAUUGAGUCUCUAAAUACUGUGAUGGAUGAUAAUAAGGUGCUGACCCUGGCAAGCAAUGAGAGAAUCCCUCUGAACCCAACGAUGCGGCUGGUCUUUGAGAUCAGCCACCUGCGCACAGCCACACCAGCGACCGUGUCCAGAGCGGGGAUCCUGUACAUCAACCCAUCGGAUCUGGGCUGGAAUCCCCCAGUGAGCAGCUGGAUUGACAAGCGAGAGAUCCAGUCUGAAAGAGCCAACCUGACCAUUCUGUUUGAUAAGUACCUGCCGAUUUGCCUGGACACCCUCAGAACAAGAUUUAAGAAGAUUAUUCCCAUUCCUGAGCAGAGCAUGGUUCAGAUGCUGUGCUACCUCCUCGAAUGCCUCUUGACGGAGGAGAACACACCUCCUGACUGUCCCAAGGAGCUUUAUGAACUUUACUUUGUCUUCGCUGCAGUCUGGGCCUUUGGUGGAUCAAUGUUUCAAGACCAGCUCAUGGACUACAGAGUGGAGUUCAGCAAGUGGUGGGUGGCAGAAUUCAAGACUAUCAAGUUUCCCUCUCAGGGCACAGUCUUUGACUUUUACGUUGAUCCGGAAACAAAGAAGUUUGAGCCUUGGUCUAAACUUAUUCCUCAGUUUGAAUUUGAUCCAGAAAUGCCAUUACAGGCUUGCCUGGUGCCCACCACUGAGACGGUCCGUGUGCGGUACUUCAUGGACAGGCUCCUGGAGCGCCAGCGCCCGGUGAUGCUGGUGGGCAAUGCCGGCACGGGGAAGUCUGUGCUGGUGGGGGACAAGCUCUCCUCUUUGGACACGGAUGCAUACAUGGUGAAGAAGGUCCCAUUUAACUACUACACCACCUCUGCUAUGCUGCAAGGUGUGCUUGAGAAGCCUCUGGAUAAAAAGGCUGGCAGAAAUUAUGGCCCGCCGGGUACCAAGAAGCUCGUGUACUUCAUCGAUGACCUGAACAUGCCUGAAGUGGACGCUUACGGGACGGUGCAGCCCCAUACGCUGAUCAGGCAGCACCUGGACUACGGCCACUGGUACGACCGGACCAAGCUGUCACUGAAGGAGAUCACGAACGUGCAGUAUGUGUCAUGUAUGAACCCGACUGCAGGGAGUUUCACCAUCAACCCACGGCUGCAGCGUCACUUCUGCGUCUUCGCUCUCUCCAUCCCUGGUCAGGAUGCCUUGUCCAGGAUCUACAGCACCAUUUUAAUGCAGCACUUGACAAGUGGGGAUUUCUCAGGGGCUGUGCAAAAGUCAGCUCAGCAGCUGAUUGCCCUGGCCCUGGGACUGCAUCAGAAAGUAGCGGCUACUUUCCUGCCAACGGCUAUCAAGUUCCACUACAUUUUUAACCUGAGAGACUUCUCCAAUAUCUUCCAAGGCCUUCUGUUCUCCACUCCCGAAUGCCUGAAACAACCCCAAGACCUGGUGAAGCUCUAUCUUCAUGAGUCAAACCGGGUGUACCGGGACAAGAUGGUUGAAGAAAAGGAUUACAGUUCUUUUGAUAAACUCCAGCUGGAGAUGGUGAAGAAAUUCUAUGAUGACAUUGAGGAAACUUUAGAGCAGACCAAGCAAAUGAAUGUUUAUUGCCAUUUUGCUAAAGGCAUCGGUGAACCCAGCUAUAGGCCAGUUCCAACCUGGGAGGAGUUGAACCAGAUCCUUGUGGAAGCCUUGGACAACUACAACGAAGUCAAUGCUGCCAUGAGCCUGGUGAUGUUUGAGGAUGCCAUGUGCCAUGUUUGCCGCAUCAACCGUAUCCUGGAGUCCCCCAGAGGAAACGCUCUCCUGGUUGGCGUGGGCGGAAGUGGCAAGCAGAGCCUGACCAGACUGGCAGCCUUCAUUAGCUCUCUGGAGGUUUUCCAGAUCACUUUGAGGAAAGGUUAUGGCAUCCCUGACCUGAAGGCAGACCUGGCAAACCAGUACCUGAAAGCUGGCCUGAAAAACAUAGGCACCGUGUUCCUGAUGACCGACGCACAAGUGGCAGAUGAACAGUUCCUGGUGCUGGUGAAUGACUUGUUAGCAUCAGGUGAAAUCCCUGAUCUCUUCCCCGACGAUGAAGUUGAAAACAUCAUCAACAGCAUGAGGAACGAAGUCAAAGGCCGGGGGCUGGUGGACUCCAGGGAGACUUGUUGGAAGUUUUUUAUAGACCGUGUUCGACGACAGCUGAAGGUCGCACUGUGUUUUUCGCCUGUCGGUAACAAGCUGCGCGUCCGCAGCAGGAGGUUCCCUGCCAUCAUCAGCUGCACAGCCAUAGACUGGUUCCAGGAGUGGCCGCGGGAGGCCCUCGAGUCCGUCAGCCUCCGCUUUCUGCGAGAAACAGAGAGCGUGGAGGAUUCAGUGAAAGACUCAAUAAGCAAAUUCAUGGCCUAUGUCCACACAAGUGUCAAUGAAAUAUCCCGACUGUAUCUGAGCAAUGAGCGACGAUAUAACUACACAACUCCAAAGUCGUUUCUUGAGCAAAUCAAACUCUACCAGAAUUUGCUACUGAAAAAGGGCAAGGAUUUAAAAGCAAAAAUGGAGCGGCUGGAGAACGGCCUAGAGAAGCUCAACAGCACGUCUGCACAGGUGGAUGAGCUGAAGGCCAAGCUGGCAGCCCAAGAAGUGGAGCUGAAGCAGAAGAAUGACGAUGCUGACAAGCUGAUCCAGGUGGUGGGGGUGGAGACGGAGAAAGUGAGCAGGGAAAAGGCAAUAGCUGAUGAGGAGGAACAGAAGGUGGCACUUAUCACCCAGGAGGUCAAGCAGAAACAGAAGGACUGCGAGGAAGACCUGGCCAAAGCUGAGCCUGCCCUGGCAGCUGCCCAGGCUGCUCUGAACACCCUCAACAAGAAGAAUCUGACAGAGCUGAGGUCCUUCGGGUCGCCGCCUUCAGCCGUCAGCAAUGUCACUGCGGCCGUGAUGGUGCUGAUGGCCCCGGGAGGAAAGAUUCCCAAGGACAGGAGCUGGAAAGCAGCGAAAGUCGCCAUGGCCAGGGUGGAUAGCUUCCUGGACUCCUUGAUCAAGUUCGACAAGGAGAACAUCCACGAGAACUGCCUCAAAGCCCUUCAGCCCUAUUUACAAGAUCCCAAGUUUAAACCUGAAUUUGUGACCACCAAGUCCUACGCCGCGGCCGGCCUCUGCUCCUGGGUGGUAAACAUCGUGCGCUUCCAUGAGGUGUACUGCGACGUGGAGCCAAAGCGACAGGCUCUGAGCAAAGCCAACGCGGAGCUGGCGGCUGCCCAGGACAAGCUGGCCAGCAUCAAGGCCAAAAUUGCCCGCCUCAACGAGAACCUGGGAAAGCUCACAGCCAAGUUUGAGAAGGCCACUUCAGACAAACUCAAAUGUCAGCAAGAAGCUGAAGCUACAGCGUGUACCAUUGCUCUUGCAAAUCGGCUGGUUGGGGGACUCGCCUCCGAGAACGUGAGAUGGGCUGAAGCUGUGAAGAGCUUCAAACAGCAACAGAGCACCUUGUGUGGAGAUGUCUUGCUGAUUACGGCCUUUGUAUCCUACCUGGGCUACUUCACUAAGAAAUACCGUCUAAUGCUUCUGGAUGGAAUUUGGAAGCCAUAUUUGCACCAGCUAAAAGUGCCAAUCCCUGUAACUCCGUCCCUCGAUCCUCUGACCAUGCUGACAGAUGAUGCUGAUGUAGCAGCUUGGCAGAACGAGGGCCUGCCAGCUGAUCGGAUGUCCACCGAAAAUGCCACCAUCCUCACCAACUGCGAGCGCUGGCCCCUCAUGGUGGAUCCCCAGCUGCAGGGUAUCAAAUGGAUCAAAACAAAGUAUGGCGAAGACCUCCGAGUGAUCCGAAUCGGGCAGAAGGGGUAUUUGGACAUGAUGGAACGAGCCCUGGCUGCAGGAGAAUUGGUUUUGAUUGAAAACCUGGAGGAAUCUGUGGAUCCAGUUUUGGGGCCGUUACUGGGGCGAGAAACAACCAAGAAAGGAAGGUACAUUAAGAUCGGGGACAAGGAAUGUGACUUCAACCCUGCCUUCCGUCUCAUCCUCCACACGAAGCUGGCAAACCCCCAUUUCCAACCCGAGCUGCAGGCACAGUGCACCCUCAUCAACUUCACCGUCACGCGAGACGGCUUGGAGGACCAGCUGCUCGCGGCAGUGGUCAACAUGGAGAGGCCUGACUUGGAGGAGCUCAAGUCACAUCUCACGAAGCAACAGAAUGGAUUCAAAAUCACCUUGAAAACAUUAGAGGACAACUUGCUCUCUCGGCUGUCAUCAGCAUCUGGGAACUUCCUGGGAGACACAGCAUUGGUGGAGAACUUGGAGAUCACUAAACAGACAGCUGCAGAAAUUGAAGAGAAGGUCCAGGAGUCUAAGGUGACAGAAACCAAGAUUAACGAGGCCAGAGAGCACUACAGGCCUGCCGCCGCACGUGCCUCUCUGCUGUACUUUACCAUGAACAACCUCCAUGCCGUCCAUCCCAUGUACCAGUUCUCUCUGAAGGCGUUCAGCAUUGUGUUUCAGAAAGCCAUUGAGAGGGCACCUCCAGAUGAGAACCUCGCAGUGCGUGUGCUGAACCUCAUCGACAGCAUUACCUUCUCCGUGUUCCAGUACACAACUCGGGGGCUGUUUGAAUGUGAUAAAUUGACCUACACUGCUCAAGUUACCUUCCAGAUACUUCUGAUGAAUAAAGAAAUCAGCACAGUAGAACUGGAUUUCCUACUAAGAUACCCAGCACAGACCAGAGUCACAAGCCCUGUGGAGUUCCUGUCUGAUCACUCCUGGGGAGGAAUCAAG